AUUUUGUGUGGACUUUACUAACUGCAGAGUUGAUGAGGCACCCGAGAGUCAGCGAGAAAGAGAGAAGUCACGCAUGAAAUUUAGCUGAACUUUUCUCUUUACAUGAAAUACCAAACACAGCAGACCAAGACAUUAUUGCAUUAAAUAAUUUUUGCGUUGGCUUAUAAGUGUUUUCCUUCUUCCUCCUCCUCCUCUCCCAUCUCUCUCUCUUUUUCUCUUUCUCUCUCCCUCCCUGUCUCUCUCAUUCUCUUUCUCUCAGCACUUACACAAUGGUGAAUUUUACACAUGUCUCAGAAUUUGUUCUACUUGGGUUCCAAGGGGGUCCCGGAAUGCAGGCUAUGCUAUUUCUGAUUUUUCUGAUCCUGUAUGGCAUAGCUGUGGUGGGAAACCUUGGCAUGAUUGUAAUUAUCUGGGUAGAUGCACACCUCCACACCCCAAUGUAUGCCUUCCUGCAAAGCCUUUCAUUGUUGGACAUCUGCUAUUCUUCCACAAUUGCACCCAGGGCUCUGGCGAACUCCAUGCAAGAGGACCACACAAUUUCCUUUGGCGGAUGUGCUGCUCAGUUCUUUUUCCUGUCUCUCUUUGGUACCACAGAGGCUUUCCUCCUGGCUGCCAUGGCCUAUGACCGCUUCAUCGCCAUCUGCAACCCUCUUCUGUACUCUGUGAGCAUGUCUCACCAGGUCUGUGUGCUGUUAAUAUCAGGAUCCUACUUGUGGGGUGUAGUCAAUGCCAUUGCUCAAACAACCAUGACCUUCAGGUUGCCUUUCUGUGGGUCCAAUGAGAUCAGCGACUUUUUCUGUGAUGUCCCCCCACUCUUGUCCCUCUCAUGUUCAGAUACCUUUAUAAACCAACUGGUUCUUCUUGGUUUAUGUGGCUCCAUUAUUGUCAGUACCUUUUUGAUUGUCCUGGUCUCAUACAUUUACAUCAUCUCAACAAUUCUGAGGAUCCCGACCAUGCAGGGAUGCCAGAAAGCCUUCUCCACGUGCGCUUCCCACCUAACAGGAGUGUGCUUGUUUUUUGGUACUGUCUUCUUCAUGUAUGCACAACCUAGUGCCAUCUUCUUCAUGGAGCAAAGUAAAAUAGUGUCCAUAUUCUACACUAUGGUCAUCCCCAUGCUGAAUCCCCUGAUAUACAGCCUGAGGAACAGAGAGGUCAAGCAGGCUCUGAGACGGAGCAUGCAGAAGCUGUCUUUGUGAUCACCGUCUCCAUGGAUCUCCUCAGUCAUCCUGGACCUCGCCCCAAAGCGCGGCUACCCAUGGAGGUUAUGUCUUAGGAAUAUGGCAUUCCAGGGCUUCUUAGUUUCUUUCUUGAAGUCUGUGAUCCAGAAGACCAAGGGUAUUUUAAUUGUCUUUAUAUGUUUAACGAUAAACAAAAUCAAGGCUUAUGAGGAAUAAAAUGCAGACUGGCGGAAAAGGUGACUGAAUAGACGGAUAUAUAUGGCUUUUUUGUCUCACAUAUUACAUAGUAUCUUGGUCCAACUCCGUCAGAAAACAAUUAUGUAAAAAUUGUAUAUUUUAUUUAGAAAAUAAAUAAAAUGUUUAUCUUGAAUGUAGCUUACCAAGUACAAAUAUGGAUCCUACACAAAGGAAAAGAAAAAUAAAAUGCUUUAAUAUUUUACCUAAAACAUUUAGAAAUAUAUAAAUUAGUAAUUAGUAUUUUUCAGGUUAAAAAUAAAUAACAAAUUAGAAAAAAUAUUAUUAAAUUCUAUUUUAAAUAGCUUUUAUGGAGGUAUAAUUGACACACAAGAAAUUCGGAUGAAGUGUAUAAUUUGUUAUGUUUUGACUUAUGUAAACACUGGUGCGACCAUUUCCACAAUCAAGAUAAUGAACAUAUUAUCAUGCCAAAUCACACCAACUGGUUCCUUGGUUCCUUCCUAAUGUUUCCCUCACUUUAGCCAUAAACAACCCUCCUCCCAGGAAACAACUGGUCUGCUUUCUGCCACUAUAGAUUAGUGCACAUUUCACUUAAAUUGAACUAUAAGCCAUGUAAUCUUUUUGAGAGGGUGGAAUUAGACUUGGAACGGUGUAGCUUAUUUUACUUAGUAUAAUUAGUCUGAGAUUUAUACAACUUGUUUCAUACCUCAAUUGUUUGUCAUGUUUAUUACUGGAAAAUAUUCCAUUGUAAGAAUAUACUACAAUUUGUUUAUCGAUUUACGUGUUCAUAAACAUUUGAGUUGUUUCUAGUUUUUGGCUAUAACAAAUACAGUUGUUGGUCCGAGAGUGGUGGCUCACAUCUGUAAUUCCAGGUGUGAUAUAAAGGAAAAUCUGCAGAAGCAAAUGCAGAAAUAAGUAUCAUGACAUCUUUCUGCUUUUAUCCAAUAUUAACUUAUUAAGCAUCUACUGGGCAUGCUAUUUGAGGAGAAGCACGAAUGAAUAAAAGUCAUAUUUCACUUUAAGAAUAUCACAGUACAGUUGGAGAAUUUACUUUCAUAAACACAACAUCUCAAGAUUUACACUUGGAAGUCAUCACAGUAAAAUCAGAGUAAUAAACAUACAUUGAAACAUUAAUGCAUCUUAACUGCCUGGAUGCAGACACAAUAUUUUAAUUAUGAAAAUUUCACUUUCAGUAGAGGAAUGAAAAACAUGGAAACUGUAAAAAAAAAAUAAUGAAUUAAUUUAUUUAAUUAAGAGUUUGAGCAAAUAUUUUCUAAGCUCUAAACUGUUGGGAUACCAAAUUGAAUAAACUUUUUUCCUCAGAAAACUCAAGUAUAGUAAAUCAUUGUUAGAAAUUUAGUAUUAUUAGUGCUGACAUAGGAUAAGUUUAUAUGUAUAGUACCAUGCAAAUUCAAAUUGUGUUCAAGUAUUGAAAACAGGGGGCCAAGGUGGCUUCACAGAAGAGAUGGCACCUCUGUCAUAGUUUAUUAAAUCUGUAUGUUCCCACUCCUUACAGAUUUCUUUAUCUUUUUAAGGGUUCAAAGUCUAGUAACUCUCAUUCCUCGCACAGCAUUUUAGAGAUUAAAAGCUUCCAAUUACCUUGAAUAUAAAAAUAUGUGCUUCUGCCAUCAUAGAUAUAUACUGCUUAAUGCUUUCUUGUACUGAAACCAAUUCAAAGAAAUAUGAGAGAAGAAAAAAAGAAAAAAGGGAGAGAGAGUGAAAUUUCAGCUUCCAAUGAGAAGUGAGAUUCUAAAAGAUGGAAUCUUUGAGUCUCAAGCUAUGACUCAAUAUUCUCAAACAUAAUUAGAUAGUUGGUACAUCCUUUUCUUCUUGGAUAGGAUAUAUUAAUAAGAUAUCUUUAUCCUGACUUAUCCAUGAAGGAAGAAUUAGUAAGUAAGAUAGGGGUGCUUGUAUUAACUUAUUGGACUCGGUAACCAACUAUGAGAUGUGAGUGCUGUUGCCCACUAUAGAAUCAUAAUUAGCAUUUCUCUGACACAAGUGAUCAAAUUUUAUAUUUUGAAUUAAUCAUUUGGGUGUCCUCUUUUGUGAAGUGAUUGUUUAAACCAUUUGCCCAUUUUAGCUGGAUUGACAAUCUUUUCCACUUUUUUAAAGAUAUACUUUAUAUAUGCUGGAUAUAGGUUUGUUUGCCAGAUGUAUACACGACAAAUAUCUUCUUACAGUUUUGUGCCAUGCUUUUUCUUUUUUUUCUAAUAAGAAUUUUUAUUUUAUUUUAUUUUUCUAUUAUACUUUAAGUUCUAGGGUACAUGUGCACAACGUGCAGGUUUGUUACAUAUGUAUACAUGUGACAUAUUGGUGUGCUGCACCCAUUAACUCGUCAUUUACAUUAGGUAUAUCUCCUAAUGCUAUCCCUCCCCGCUCCCCCCACCCCACGACGGGCUCCGGUGUGUGAUGUUCCCCUUCUUGUGUCCAAGUGUUCUCAUUGUUCAGUUCCCACCUAUGAGUAAGAACAUGAGGUGUUUGGUUUUUUGUCUUUGUGAUAGUUUGCUGAGAAUGAUGGUUUCCAGCUUCAUCCAUGUCCCUACAAAGGACAUGAACUCAUCCUUUUUUAUGGCUGCAUAGUAUUCCAUGGUGUAUAUGUGCCACAUUUUCUUAAUCCAGUCUAUCAUUGAUGGACAUUUAUGUUGGUUCCAGGUCUUUGCUACUGUGAAUAGUGCUGCAAUAAACAUAGGUGUGCGUGUGUCUUUAUAGCAGCAUGAUUUAUAAUCCUUUGGGUAUAUACCCAGUAAUGGGAUGGCUGGGUCAAAUGGUAUUUCUAGUUCUAGAUCCUAGUUCUAGAUCCACAAUGGUUGAACUAGUUUACAGUCCCACCAACAGUGAAAAACUGUUCCUAUUUCUCCACAUCCUCUCCAGUACCUGUUGUUUCCUGAUUUUUUAAUGAUCGCCAUUCUAACUGGUGUGAGAUGGUAUCUCAUUGUGGUUUUGAUUUGCAUUUCUCUGAUGGCCAGUGAUGAUGAGCAAAAAAAGAAAUGGGGAAAGGAUUCCCUAUUUAAUAAAUGGUGCUGGGAAAACUGGCUAGCCAUAUGUAGAAAGCUGAAACUGGAUCCCUUCCUUACACCUUACACAAAAAAUUAAUUCAAGAUGGAUCAAAGACUUAAAUGUUAGACCUAAAACCAUAAAAACCCUAGAAGAAAACCUAGGCAGUACCAUUCAGGACAUAGGCAUAGGCAAAGGCUUCAUGACUAAAACACCAAAAGCAAUGGCAAAAAAGCCAAAAUUGACAAAUGGGAUCUAAUUAAACUAAAGAGCUUCUUCUGCACAGCAAAAGAAACUAUCAUCAGAGUGAACAGGCAACCUACAGAAUGGGAGAAAAUUUUUGCAAUCCACUCAUCUGACAAAGGGCUAAUAUGCAGAAUCUACAAAGAACUCAAACAAAUUUACAAGAAACAAACAAACAACCCCAUCAAAAAGCAGGCGAAGGAUAUGAACAGACACUUCUCAAAAGAAGACAUUUAUGCAGCCAACAGACACAUGAAAAAAUGUG